AGCGCGCGACGGCGUAAGACGUGUGGUGUGUCGGCUCCGUCGAUUUUCGGCUGGAGUCACGGCUCAAUCCUCUGCACCCCAGCAAGACCGACGUCAAUCGACGCAGCAAACCGUCUGGACCACGUGGAUACUAAUGUUCACCAGGUGGGACCACUUUUGAAGAUUUUACGACCGAAUUACACCCGCCUACGUGGGCGACGCCGUUAGGCCAUACGGCGACGCCGACUCCCGGCGGCGUGGAACCGGCCUCCCGAGGUAAAAUGGCGGCUCCCACGUCAUUCCUGAGGGGUUACGAUCCCGACGCCAUGGCCUGGACGACGGUUUCAACAUCAGAAGAUCAAAACUCCGCUCCUAUUCCGACAUUUCGGCACCAAUCUCUCAAUGAAGCGGUCGCGCGUCGCUCGCUCGUUCAAGCCAAGACGGCGGCGUCCAUCGCCGCCCCAGUCUCCGGCACACCGGCCGGCAAGACGCAGCCUCCCGCUUCGCGCGCUGCGGGAAGCAAACGCAAGGCCCUUACCAAAUGGAAGCCUCGGCCAUUUCCAAAACCGGGCCCUGAUGACUUCGUGGUCGUGCUCAAGCCACGCGAACAUGUGUCGCUGCACCAAGCCUUUUCGGAGAACCGCUACGGUGCCGCCAUUACGGCCUACCUCGGGCCUGAGGUGGCAAGGUCUGUUACGGUUCUGCCGUCCCGUGAACAAAACCUGAUAUUGAUCCACACCCCGAACCCGGCAGCGGCAGAUCGGCUCCUCGGGGACUUCUCAAUCAACACCGACCGUGGGCCAAUUCCGCUCCACGGAUACCUUAGGCAAGACGGAGGCGAUAUCUGCCACGGCGUCAUCGUCGUCAGCAACUCUGACACCACUGAAUCGCUUCGAGAGCAGGUGCAAUGGAGAGCAGGCACCAUUGUCGAGGUGAGGAAAUUCGGCUCCUCUAACAAAGCUCGGGUAACCUUCGCCGGGAGGGAGAAACCGCGUUUUGUGCACUAUGAGAACAUGCUCAUCCCAGUGCAAACCUACUACCGGACAAUCCCGGCCUGCGGCCUGUGUGGGGCUGUCGGCCACCGAGCGGAUGCUUGUCCCAACACGCAGCAGAACACGUGCGGACUCUGCGGGCAACAAGCCCCGCUUGUGGAGCGGGUGCGGGCCCCUCACGAGUGUGUUCCACGGUGCUCUGUUUGUGGCGGUGGACACGCCACAAACUCACGUGAGUGUGCGGCAAAAUUCCGCACACACAAGAUGGCCGCCCCGAAGGGCGGGACAAAGAGGAAAAUGGCGGCCAAGAACAAGAGCCGCCAUCUUGGCCUCCCCGGUGAGUCACCGAGCCGGGACGACAGCAACACCGAGAAGCCGGCACCGAGAAGCUCUACCGGAGGAGCCGGCAAGCGACCGCCGACGCAGCCGCCACCACACGGCGACACUGGAAAACUGUCGACGUCGCCACCACGAGGCGAGGCCAGGGCCUGGGCCAACGCCGUGAAACACGGAACGCAGGUGAGCGGUACGGGCAGGGCUGCCUCCUCUUCCCCUACCUCCUCCCCCCCUGCGGCACGCAGUGCCGAGCAAGCCAAGAUUGCAGCUCUCGAGGGCCAAAUUGAGAUGCUGCUCAAAAAAAUUACGCUCCUGGAAUCGCAGUCAAAACAGCCUACCACUCCCCCCUCUACCCCCGCAACUGAGGCUAUGGAGAGUGAGCCCGCGGCACCGAAUGCAGCACUGAGCGUGGAAGCUGCACUUGAGGCCCGUCUAGAGAAAGUCAAAUUUCCGCGGCAAUCACCUCCGCCAUCGCCAAAAUAA